AUGGCCACGUCUGUGGCCCCUGCGCACGCCUGGCAACUCGAACUCGCAGCAGACAGUGAAUCGCAUAGAAUGGAAGGGCCCUCAAACGGUGUCUCUCGCACUGUACAGGACAGUCCAGACACGAUGAGCGCGCCAGCUCCAGCUUCGUCCGCCAGCUCAGUCGGCCACGGCCAGCCCAACGGCUCCCAGCUCUAUCCCACAGCGAACGGGUUUCCUGCUCCAGCUUCCCAGUGGACUCCUUCACCAAACGCUGCGCCGUUUUAUCCCCAAUUUACACCAUUUUUUCAUCCAGCCACUCCGCCCGUCGCCCCUCAACCCCAGUAUUUCGACCCUAAUCAGCAGAUUGCUUGGGCCUACCAGCAGAUGAUGCUGCAGCAGGCCGCUAUCGCGCAACAACAUCAUCAGAACCAGUUCAUGGCAGAAUUGGGAAGGGCGCGAGCCAACUCAAAUCCGCAACAGAACGACUUCUUUCCCGCCCAAUCGCAAGUGCCCAUGAUCCCAGGAUUCCCAUUCCAGAGUGGUACUCCUCCCGCCCACCCUGGGUACAAUGGCUCCCCUCAGUCCUUCCGCCGCGGUCCUCAGGGUCACCAUCAUAUGCCUGGUCCGCGUUCGAACACGUUUGAUUCGCAUGAUUGGUCGCGAAUGACACCGCAAGGUUUCUCGGCUCCGUAUGCCCGUCCAGAUGCCGCAGGAUCGUCGCAUUCUGUCAACUCAUCGAAUGGAAGCGGAUCUGGACCCCGCCAACGCACAUUGUCCAACAACACCAACAGCUCGCAAAAUCAGACACCCCCAGGAAGCAUGAGAGGCCCUAAUAAUCGUGGUGCGACCGUUCCGCAACUCACCACAGACUUUGAGCGGCCACGGCAGCCACAAAGUCGCCAAAACUCUGCCGGACCACCUUCUCCUGCUACCCAGGCGCGACCUCUUCACCAGAGAAACGUCUCUGGCUCCAGCGAUCGGACUAUUGGAUCAGCCAGAGCUCAGACAAACGGAUCGCCAACCACCUCUUCGGCCAACGCCGCGUCCGCCUCGUCGGCAGCGCCAUCCUCUUCUCCAUCUUCAUCCCCAACGAAUUCGCAGAUGGCACGACCGAACCAGCGCGCUCCGCCAAAACCUUCGCCGCUAUCCCAGCAGCAAACGUUUUCCGACACGGCGUCAUUGUCGAAACGAGCCAAACGCUUGAGCAAGGAUGACAGCGAACUGUUACCGCAAACUACUGUCGCAAGCGCGCUAACGCCCAGACAAAGCGGACUCAAAGGUCGUUUCAAACGGGCGUUGGCGUUUCAACCUCCAAGCUCCGUCGAUGAACACGGAGACGGCAUCUCGUCGAUUGGUCAUAGCGAUAUGGGCUCCACCGUUGGUCAUAGUGCUGCUGGUGACGGAGAAGUCACACCGGUGACAACAGGGACCGCGGGAGAAUCUGUGCGAUCGACCAAGCCAAAAUCUCGCGCGGCUGCUUUAUUCAGUGGUAAAUUUAACGCUUCAACGGACAACAUUUCCCUUUCUUCGACCGUUUCAUCCGCUUCAGUGAUGAUCCGCAAGCUGGGUUCAAUCGGUAAACUUGCUCGCCGGAACAGUCUUAUGAGUAUAAGCAGCAUCUUCAAAGAUAAGAACAAGGACAAAGGCGAAGGUGGAAGUGGAUUGGGCAAGAAGAACAAAAAGGGCGACAUGGCCGAGCCAACCGUGAGCCACGCGACGGCAGAAAAUGAUCGAGGUGGAGGUUCAGAGGACGAAAGCCUUGUCGGCCUCACCCCCGCCGCACGAGUCGCUCGUCAACACACUCUAAAGACGAAGGCAGAGGCUGCGAAACGGCUGCGUGAGCAAGCGGCGGCGGCUUCUAGCAGCGCGGCAACUUCAACUGCCGCUGCUGCUACUGCUUCUUCUGCGGCUGCCCCCACAGUUGCGAACGGUGCUGGUGUUCCUUCUUGGGAUAAGAGCACCACGACUCGUAGAGGUGAAAAUUCAAGCCGUGGCGUGAGUGAGGAUGGCACGGUGAUAGACGAGCGCAGUGAUGACGGGAGUGGAGAGGGUGGUUACGAUCCUCAAUUUGAUCCGAAUGCCACACUUCGGAUGCCAGGUGGACCGGACGCGGAGGAGGAAGAGCUCGAUGAACCUUGGGCUGUGGGCCUGCGGCGUUCUAUCGAAAAGACUCGCCAACCUGGAAAGUCGGUUCUAAAGAAUGCGACAAAUUAUGUGCAAGAGAACUACCUCGAUCCACCAAACCAGCCUUUUGCAGCACGUAUACGCUCAAACUCGUAUCAAACAGUGUCAGAAUCCACUCCUGGGCCGUUGGCCCAUUUACCACCACCCAAUCCGGAUCAUAUCGACGGUCUACAACGGGGAAACAGUACGAGUAACACACCAGAGAAGAAGCCCUUCUCGUUACCCGCAUUUAGCUUCGAGUUUGGGGAUAGUAUCGAUAUUGUGCCCAAGGACGAGACCCAGGAAACACUCCCCAGCUCGCCGAACGUGCUGGCAAAUUCUGCGGACAAGGGUCCAACCUUUGCCUAUACACACCCGACUGCCAACUCGUCCGCUCCCGUGUUAUCGAUGGCAACAUCGAACAGUGUACCCGCAACCACCUUGUCCACCGUCAAAAAGAGCAUCAGCUUUGCGGCCACCCUCUCGAUCUACGAUACAUUUUCCAGCACGACUUAUGACCGUAGAUCUGAGCCGUCGACUGCAAACCGACUCACGCCGGCAUUGGCGCAGCGAAUAAAGGAAGAACUCAAUUCUUUCAAGAUGGAAGAAAUGGAGGUACAUUCUGCUAGCCGAAUACACACACAUUUCUUUGUGUGA